UUUAAAAUUCGGUUUUAAUUUGCGUCGUUUCCACUGAUUGCGCACUAAUUGCAGACUCUGCGUGCGAUUUUUUGCCCUUUUUUUUUCGCAUUUGCAAAUUGAAUUUGUGCGCGCGGAUUGAAAAAAGAAACGAACACACGUUGAAUGAACUGACCUUUCCCAUCGAUUUCUUCAGUUGAAAUCCGUCAGUCCAGUGUACACCUCCAGCUCCACGUCAUUCCAAUUUGGUGCUCUGUUUCGUCGCAUCGAAGCAAUGUUUUCGCAGGUGAUCAUAGCCAUCCUCGUCGUUCUCCUCUCCUUGGUUUUCAUAGCCAUCUACAGGAGAGCGAAGAAUGCGAGACGCGGUAUAUUGUUGACCGGACUGUGCGACACCGGCAAAACUCUGCUGUACGCGAGACUCAUCCACAGAAAGUUCGUAAACACGCAGACUUCGAUCAAGGAGAAUAUUGGUGAUUACGUGGUGAACGGGAGUUACGUGAGGGUCAUCGAUAUACCCGGGCACGAGCGCAUCCGAGGCAAAUUCUUCGAGGAUUACAAGUCUCAGUCCAGGGGAAUCGUUUACGUGAUCGACUCGCAGACGAUUCAAAAGGACGUGAGAGACGCCGCAGAGUUUCUCUACAACAUUCUCGUCGAUCCGGUGGUCGUCGCCAACAGGCCCGCAGUUCUAGUGCUGUGCAACAAGCAAGAUCAGCCGUUGGUGAAGAGCGCGAGCGCCGUCAAGGCGAUGCUCGAGAAGGAGAUGAACACUCUGAGGGUUACGAAAUCGAAGCAGCUGCAGUCCGUCGAUCCGAAUCACGCGAAUUCUAUUCUUUUGGGCGGUGGAGAUCUCGACGAGCCGUUCACCUUCGACUCGAUGGGUAAAUUCAAGGUGGAUUUCGCCGAGUCGCACGCCACUAACAGCGGCGACGCCGACCGCUGCAGCAUCGACGAGCUUCAGAGUUGGCUCGCCAAGAUCUCAUAAAUAAAUCCGAACCUAAUC